AUGACGCUGGCAGCUGUUGCCCUCUGGACAGCAGCCAUGUUGGUGGGACUCCAGCAGACUGCUUCGUCCCAUGACAUCAUCGUUGACCGCUCAUCCAGAAAUCUCUCCUCUGUCCCAAGAGACCUACCACAAGACGUUGAGUUUUUAGACCUUUCAUGCAACCACAUCCAACAGCUUCACAGACCAGACUUCCAGAACACCACUCAUCUCAGGUUCUUGAACGUCUCAUGGAAUCUUUUAGAGAAUAUAGAUCAAGAAACUUUCCUUGACACGCAUGCGUUGAAGUAUCUGGACCUGUCGCACAACAGACUGAAGAACCUGUCAGGUCAGCAGUACCUGCUGUACACCAGGUACCUCGUGAUGCUAAAUCUGGCCUGUAACGAAUUUCUCAACAUGUCACUGGGGACUGAAUUCAGAUCUCUAGCAAAACUUAAAAGACUGACUGUUGGAGCAAAAAACGUGAGAAUUGGAGAUUUCAAAAAUAUAGCUCCACUACAACUACAGACACUGGCCGUCUCUGUGGAGGAUGGCUUUAGGUAUGAAGCAGGUAGCCUGAAGGAUGUUCAUGUUGAAAAGCUACAGAUAGCAGUGAAUACUAAAGAGUUAAACUAUGUUCUGACUGCUGAUGCUCUGUCGCUCUUCGAUCAAGUGGAGCUGAUGGACUUGGCAGAUGGGUACGGCGCCCUAAGUGAGCUGCUGCAUAAAGUACACAUCUACACGUCUCAUCUUUAUCUGACCAAUAUAACAAUUCAAUGGUUUGACUUAACCACCUUCGUGAAUGCAGUUCUGAAUACAUCGAUUAGCCAACUGAGCUCAACUGAUGUGAGACUUUGCAAUUUACCUUAUAUAGAAACACAAGUGGCCAAAACAUCUAAUCUGAGGUCCUUCACAACCAGAAGAGCGGUGGUAACAGCCUUCUUUUUCGCUCAGGAAGCUGUAUACAACUUCUUCAUCAACAUGCCAGUGAAGCGCCUGGCAAUCGAGGAGACUCCAAUCAUACACAUGACCUGCCCCAAACGGGAGAGUCCAAUCCUCCAGCUGCACUUUUCUGACUGUGCCUUGUCUGACACCAUCUUUUCCACAGUGGUGGGUCCAAAAACUCUUGAGUGUGAAACUCUGACUAACGUGAGGCAACUGUUCCUGAUGAGCAACAAUCUUAAGAGCCUGCAUCUGGUGAGCAAACGAAUACAGCACAUGAAGUCUCUGCAACAUCUGAACCUCAGCCUCAACUCUCUGGUUUAUGACAGCGGGGAAGUCUGCCUCUGGCCAGCAGGCAUCUCCAAUUUGAGUCUGUCCUCCAACAGCCUGACAGGGUCUGUUUUUGAAUGUCUACCAAGAGGAGUACAGACACUGGACCUCCAGAACAACCAGAUUUCUGUGGUGCCUUCAUCCAUCGUGAGACUGCAAAAUCUUUCGUCUCUGAAUCUAAAUGCGAACCGGCUUCGGGACCUGCCUGUGUGCAAUGGCUUCCCUAUUCUGCAGGAGCUUCUACUCAAGUCCAAUUCCCUCCAUGCUCCAUCUGUCAGCAGGUUGGCAAGCUGCCCCAAACUGAACACACUGGAUGUCGGUCACAACCCUUUCACCUGUACCUGCGUUCUGAGGAGCUUUAUACUUCUUGGUGACAAAUCUGAAAAGAAGCAUAGUCAAGUAGGAGUUAAAUUGUUGGGCUGGCCAUUGGACUAUUACUGCACCUACCCAGAGGCACUGAGAGACGUCACAUUGAACGACAUCUCGGUCCCACUAAUCAGCUGUAAUGCUGGUAUUCUAGCAGCCGCCAUCUUAUGUCCUGCAGUGGUGGCGAUUAUUUCCGUGGUGUUUCUGUGCCAUCAUUUGGAUGUUCCCUGGUACAUGGGCAUGAUUUGGCAGUGGACCAGAGCCAAACAUCGCGCCAGAACACAACAACUUAGACCCGAAGACCUGAUGGGUGUUGAGUUUCAUGCCUUUGUGUCCUACAGUCAACAGGACGCCGACUGGGUGCACGACGCCCUCCUUCCCAACCUUGAGGGCCCAGCAGGGGGGCUCCGGAUCUGCCAGCACGAGAAGAACUUUGUGGCGGGAAAGACAAUUAUUGAGAACAUCAUCAACUGUGUGGAGAAGAGCAGACGCUCGGUGUUUGUGCUCUCUGCUCACUUUGUCAAGAGCGAGUGGUGCCAUUACGAGCUGUACUUCGCCAGCCACCAACGCCUUUCUAGAGGUUCAGACAGUAUUGUGCUAGUGCUGCUCGAACCUCUGCCUCAGUACCUAAUCCCAUCCAAGUACUACCAGCUCAAGUCUAUGAUGGCUCGGCACACCUAUCUGGAGUGGCCACAGGACAGAGCCAAGCACAGGCUGUUCUGGGCUAACCUCAGAGCGGCCCUUCAGUCAGACCUCCCAGAAGCUCCGGCUGCAGAGCAAUAGGAGGAAAGGAACCGAGAAGAGACAGCAAGAUGGAACAGGGAGAAAAAACACGCAGUUAGAGUUGACAAAGUGAAAAAAAUGAUAUAAUGCAUAUUCAGUUGUUUUCUUCUGUGUUUAGGCGUGUAUAUAUUUACAAAUAUUUCUACAAAUAUUUCAUCCAAAUAUUGCUUGGUAACAAUUUGGGUGGCACUGUGGUAAAGCGGUUCCUGUCAGAGGAAGGAAACAUGUGGUCUGGAGAGAAAGUGUAGAAUGUGUACUUGUUCUGUACUUUUUUUUUUAAUCAUAAAACAUACUUUUAUAAACAUAACCACUUAGUUGACUCGUGCAUGGGGAACUGAUCUAUAGCACAUGGUUCCUGAAUUUUGAGGCUUAACUAUAACAUGUCUACUGUACUUCCAAAAAAGGUUUAAUGUGGCACUUAUUGACUGAUUCACUUUGUAACAGAAUGAGGAAAUAAAAGCUAAGAAUAUCAAAACUGAACUUUAAUUUUUUUUAUACACUUAUGUCCCCAAAAUAUCACAAUAUGGUGAAACCCACUUCCACGGUGGCUAGGCAGAAGAGAAGAAACCUACCCACACGCACUGAAACCAACACUGUACUGUAUAUUUACAAAACAAGUAUUUACUUCGUUUUCUGAAAAGAGAGACACGCUUUUAACACAACAAUUACUGUUUGGUACGAGUUGAACAAUGAUAACAAAAAAUCUUAAAAUGGUGUGUUGAGAGGCAGCAUAAGGUCAGUCCAGCUGCAAUAACACUGUGGUUGUAA